GCGGGACUCCAUUGGAUGCCUCUCCUUGGCCGGCGCCGUCCGGUUGUCUGUGACGCAGCUUCAGGCCAGAGCUCCACCCCCAGUUCCCCGCGCCACGGAGGAGGGUUCUACGCCGGCCCCGCCCCUUGUACCCCCUCCCACCCCUCCCGGUGCGGAGUGGCGGCCAGAACAGGCAGGGCUGGCUGCGGGAUGCCGCACGCAACACAGCUGUACCAGCAUGUACCAGAGAAACGCUGGCCCAUCGUGUACUCACCACGUUACAACAUCACCUUCAUGGGCCUGGAGAAGCUGCACCCCUUUGAUGCUGGAAAAUGGGGCAAGGUGAUCAACUUCCUGAAAGAAGAGAAGCUGCUGUCAGAUGGCAUGCUGGUGGAGGCGCGGGAGGCCUCGGAGGAAGACCUGCUGGUGGUGCAUACGAGACGCUAUCUCAAUGAGCUGAAGUGGUCGUUCGUGGUGGCUACCAUCACUGAGAUACCCCCAGUCAUCUUUCUCCCCAACUUCCUUGUGCAAAGGAAGGUGCUGAGGCCCCUGCGGACCCAGACCGGAGGCACCAUCAUGGCGGGGAAGCUGGCUGUGGAACGAGGCUGGGCCAUCAAUGUUGGUGGCGGCUUCCACCACUGCUCCAGUGACCGUGGCGGAGGCUUCUGUGCCUAUGCAGACAUUACUCUAGCUAUCAAGUUCCUGUUUGAACGGGUGGAAGGCAUCUCCAGGGCCACCAUCAUUGAUCUUGAUGCCCACCAGGGCAAUGGCCAUGAGCGAGACUUCAUGGGUGACAGGCGUGUAUACAUCAUGGAUGUUUACAACCGCCAUAUCUACCCUGGGGACCGCUUCGCUAAAGAGGCCAUCAGGCGGAAGGUGGAGUUGGAGUGGGGCACAGAAGAUGAGGAAUACCUGGAAAAAGUGGAGAGGAAUGUGAGGAGGUCCCUCCAGGAGCAUCUGCCUGAUGUGGUGGUUUACAAUGCAGGCACAGACGUCCUCGAGGGGGACCGCCUUGGGGGGUUGUCUAUCAGCCCAGCGGGCAUUGUGAAGCGGGAUGAAGUGGUUUUCCGCCUGGUCCGAGCCCACGAUAUACCCAUCCUAAUGGUAACCUCGGGUGGGUACCAGAAGCGAACAGCCCGUAUUAUCGCCGACUCCAUCCUCAAUUUGCAUGACCUAGGGCUCAUUGGGCCUGAGUUUCCCUGCCUCUCUGCACAGAGCUCAAACAUCCCCCUGCUUCCUUGUGCUGUGCCCUGAAGGCUACCCACAGAACAUUACCAUACCUGUCCCCCACCCUUCCACCCGCCCACCCGCCUGUGUUUGUUGCUGUGAAGACAGCUGCCAGUGAGUGUGGAGGGGCAGGAAGAGCAGGAGCCAGCCUUGCUGGCCGCUCCUCCACUCCCCACCAGGUGCCCAGAGUCUCUGGGCCUUGGGGUGGAAGAGCUGAGUCCCAGGGAGGUUCCCAUAUGGGAUGCAGACAGGUCAUGAAGAGUCAGGGAGGACAGCUUAGCUCCAGCUGCAGGGAGGAACCUGUGGAGUAGGGUAGCCUGGUGUCCAGAAGAUGGGCCCUCCUUGAGCUGGAUGGUUCACUUCCUCACUUCAGUCUGGAGAGGGCCUUCCCCUGGGUGAUGGUGCCCAUAGGUCUGGGGAAAGUUUCCAUAACCAGCCUCCAGGGGGCGCUGGGUUCUUAGCCAACUGGCAGGAGUUCCUGGUAAGGAUGUGGAGACUUAGGGAAGAAGGCUGUGAUUCUCCAGUUUGGGUUUCUCUCAAUAAAUCAAGGUCCUGACCAUA